GGCUGCUGGGAGUCCCUUUCUGAGACGCUGAUCCCGACGAGACUCCCGAGUUGCGUGAGUGGCGGCUCUGCCUGUGCAAAGGGGUCCCGCGCUGGAGGGGUGCAUGGAGCCGGUCCAAGUCUUCCUGCGGGCUCGGAGUCCGGGAUCUCAUGUUCCCCUGCCGCCUUUUCCCAUGCAGGGGCCAAGUGGGAAGCAAAGGAGAGAAAUGUAAGCAGGAAAUCCCUCUGGAGACAAAGCCAGAUCACGUCUUUCACAAUUCAACCGGUCUUAUGUGGGAGACUGAAGCAGACAUCAUCUUAAGGACAGAGGAAGGAAUGCAGGAACAACCUUUACCACAUGAAGGAAUGGGAAAAGGUCCUUCGGCUGUUGAGUCUGGCAGCUGUGGGAAGAUCUGGGCAAGAACUGGUCAGAAGAUCUUGGAAAAAGAAACCAUCAUCCGUUCCGAAGUUCAGCCCUGGAAGUUCCGAAAUCUCCAAUACCAAGAGGCCGAAGGUCCCCGAGGACUUUGCAGUCGACUCCACAACUUUUGUACGCAAUGGUUGAGACCAGAAAAGCACACCAAGGCGCAGAUGCUGGAUCUGGUUGUUCUGGAGCAGCUUCUGGCCCUUCUGCCUCCAGAGAUGGAAAGCUGGGUGCGGGAGUGUGGAGCAGAGACCAGUUCCCAGGCGGUGGCCCUGGCGGAAGGCUUCCUCCUAAGCCAGGCCGAGGAGCAGAAGGAGCAGGUUGAGUUGCAAUCCUUCACUGUGGAGAUCAUAGACCCCAAGGCACAGAGGAAUUCGUCAAAACCCCUUCAGGACUUGUUUUUCAGUGGGAACUCUCAGGAAGAUCCAAGUCAGGAUACCUCAAGAGACAAGAUGACUGCAAAAAGAAAGACCUAUUCCAUCCAGUUCAGGAAAAGAAUUGUGGAGGACUCUUGGGGCAAGAAUCUUACGGCUUUCUGCAAAGAGAAGAAGUUGGAUCUCCGAAUGGUCCAAAAAUGGCGAGCAGAGUAUGAUAACCUCCGUCAACAGGUGGACAAGGGAAUUGCUAAGAAGCUGAAGUGUGGAUCAGGGAAGAAUGGAAGAAAGUUGACUCCGACUUAUGAUGGAGCCGAAACGGUAGCUGAAUCCAAAACUAAAGAGGUGGGUCUUGUGUUCUUUGAGGAAGUGGCUGUGUCUUUUUCUAAAGAGGAGUGGUCUCAGCUGGAUGCUGAGCAAAAAGUGCUGCAUUGGGAAGUCAUGCUGGAAAAUCAUAGGAACGUGGCCUCUUUGGGUAAUAAUGGGGAGGAAAAUGAAGAUACCGAGGAUCUAUUCCAAACGAUGAGUCGUAAAUACAGUACAAAGAAGCCUGCAAUUCAAAUGGAAGUCAAAAGCCAUGGGAGCAACCAGUCAAAGAAUUGGAAUCAGGAAAGUUCAUCUUCCACUCAAGCACCAAUGAAAGACUCUGUGGCUGGACAACAAAAAAUAAAGAACAAAUAUAUUGGAAAAUGUAUAAAACUAUUCAAAGAUAAAUUAGAUGUAAAUAAACGCUAUCAAACCCAAAUCAAAGAAGAAAAUUAUAUAUGUACAAAGAAUGGAGAAAAUUUCAAAAGGACGUUGCCACUUCCUCAUAGAGAUGCAUCCCUUAAAAGGAUCCACACAGGAGAAAGCCCAUGGAUGGAUUGUGGAAAGACUUUUGCUCAGAGCAGCCAACUUAUUUCCCAUCAAAGGAUCUGCGGAGGAAAGAAGACAUAUAAAUGCACAGAAUGUAGGAAAAGCUUUACUAAGGAUAGUGAACUUACAAGUCAUAAGAAGAUCCACACAGGGGAGAAGCCCUAUAAGUGCAUGGAGUGUGGAAAGAGUUUUAGGACGAACAGUCAACUUAUUUGCCACAGUAGGAUUCAUACAGGGGAGAAGCCAUAUAAGUGCAGGGAGUGUGGCAAAGCUUUUACUAGAAACAGUUAUCUUAGCUCCCACAAAAGGAUCCACACAGGGGAGAAGCCCUAUAGCUGCAUGGAAUGUGGAAAGAGCUUCACUAAAGGGUGGUCUCUUACCAGCCAUAAAAUGAUCCACACAGGGGAGAAGCCACAUAAGUGCACUGAGUGUGGAAAGAAUUUUGCCAGGAAAAAUCAACUUAUUUAUCAUAGUAAGAGUCAUACAGGGGAGAAGCUAUAUACAUGCAAGGAGUGUGGUGUGGGGUUUACUACAAAUAGUAAUCUUAACUCCCACAAAAGGAUCCACAUAGGGGUGAAACGUUAUAAAUGCACUGAAUGUGAAAAGAGCUUUCGUAAGAACAGUGAACUUAUUUACCAUAGUGGGAUUCAUACAGGGGAGAAGCCGUAUAAGUGCACCGAAUGUGAAAAGAGCUUUAGUAAGAACAGUGAACUUAUUUACCAUAGCGGGAUUCAUACAGGGGAGCGGCCAUAUAAGUGCACCGAGUGUGGAAAGAGCUUUACUAAGAAUAGUCAACUUAUUUAUCAUAGUAGGAUUCAUACAGGGGAGAAGCCAUAUAUAUGCAUGGAGUGUGGAAAGAGUUUUACUCGGAAAAGUCAACUUACUUGCCAUAGUAGAAUUCAUACAGGGGAGAAGCCAUAUACAUGCAUGGAGUGUGGAAAGAGUUUUAUUAGGAAAAGUCAACUUACCUGCCAUAGUAAGGUUCAUACAGGGGAGAAGCCGUAUAAAUGCAUGUAGUGUGGGAAGGAUUUUAUCACCAAUAGUUGUCUUAACUCCCACAAAAGGAUCCACAUGGGAAAAGCAUUAUAAAUUUGAGUGUGGAAAGAGUUUCACUAAGAACAAAAACCUUAUAUCCCAUUGAAGGACCCACAUGGGAGAAGCCCUAUAACUGUAUAGAAUAUCGAAAUACUUAUUGUUAGAGCAAUUAUCUUAAUUCAUAUAACAAGAUCCACAUGAAAAAGCCUUAUAAAUCUUUGAAAUUUGAAAAAAAAAUGCUUCAGGAGGAACAAUGACUGAAUUUUUCAUAUACGCAUUCAUUUGAAGAACAAUCCAUGCAAUUUAUAGGCUUAGUUGUUGAAAUACAAGUAUUUUUUACUUUGAUAGACUUAAUUUGGAAAGGAAGUUUUUUUAAAGUCGAACCUUCAAAAAUGUCAGCCCACGAGAGCUUAUUUUACCAACAGCAAGCAAACAAUCGUCAUGUGGUGUUUUAAUUAUGAAAAGUGGAUAUUUGAAGUUACUGUUAUUUGAUCUUCACCACUUUUAUUUCACCUGAAUAAGAGGAAAUACUUUUUUCUUCACAUUUCUUCACAUUCACAAUGCCUUCCAUUAAGGACCUGUAUACUGCACGAAUCAAGAAGAGGGCCGUGAAAAUAUUUACAGACCCCUCGCAUCCUGGACAUAAACUGUUUCAAUUCCUACCCUCAAAACGACGCUAUAGAGCACUGCACACCAGAACAACUAGAUACAAGAACAGUUUUUUCCCGAAGGCCAUCACUCUGCUAAACAAACAAUUCCAUCAACACUGUCAAACUAUUUACUGAAUCUGCACUAUUAUUAAUCGUCUCAUCGUUCCCAUCACCAGUCUCUUUCCACUUAUGACUGUAUGACUGUAACUUUGUUGCUGGCAAUCCUUAUGAUUUACAUUGAUAUAUUGACCAUCAAUUGUGCUGUAAAUGUUGUACCUUGAUGGAGGUAUCUUUUCUUUUAUGUACACUGAGCAUAUGCACCAAGACAAAUUCCUUGUGUGUCCAAUCACACUUGGCCAA